GUGCAUGUCUGUGCAUGUGUAUGUGCACUCGUGUGUGGACAUCCGUGUGCCCACGUGUGUGGAUGUGUGGAUACAUAUGUGCACACAUGUGUACGUGUGGUGUGCACAUGUGUGUGCACGUGUGUAUGCACGUGUGUGUGCUGGGUGACGUGCACAGCAGAAGCUCAGAAGGACUCAGGAUGGGGGGCUGUGAGGAGGGCAGGGCUGCUGGAGCCUCGCCCACCAAGCUGCACUGUGGUCUCCAGAACUAGCUCUCUAGCUACGAGGUCCUCUCCUGGGGGGAUGGGACAAGGCGGGUGACAAGGCGGCUGCAUUCUGAGGGGUGGCCAAGGGGGCCUCGAAGGGCAUGGCAUUCCAUUGGCCCUGAGAAGCUAGCCCACCCCUGGACAGAUGGCUCGGAGCCCAGCCAGGGCAGGGACAGCAUUACAGGGACACGUGUGAGCAUGUGUGGGAAGGGUCUUCUUACUGCCAGGGUUUCCUAGGGCGGGUGGACCUGCCCUGACAGGAAAUGAGCCCCCUGUUCCUGGAAGUAUCCAAGCAGAUCCAGGGACCCAGGACAACACUGGCCCUACUCUGCCCAGCCGCUGGUCCCAGAAGCAAAACCAGAAAAGCAAACCACUCAUCCUCUGCCCAACACUGACCCUGGCGAGGAGGCCGCCUAGCACCCAGCUCUGCGGACCGCGGCUGCCCCAGGAGCUCCUUCUUCCCGGCCUGCAAGAACCCUGCAGCCCAAGCCCGCUGGGUGUGGACUGGACGGAGAGGCAGCUUCCUCAGUCCAGCCGCUGCCAGAUGCCUUCUCAGAGGCACUGGACCGCAGCAAUCACUCGGCAAACCCACCCUCGCAGGACUCUAAUACUGACCUGAGCAGGCAGCCUCGGGGGUCACUGGCAGGUGCGGUCGUUGGAGAGGCCUGGAGGCUGGUCAGGCGAGGUGGCCUGCCUUCUCUGGGCCUUCGCGCAAAGCCCCGCAGAGAAAAGGGACAGGACAUCGACUCAGUGCAGCAGCGUGUCAGGCCAGGCGUCCAGGUGCCUAAGUCGAGUUACCUUGAAUCCACUGCUGAGUCAUUUCAGUUACUAACUCCUCCCUCUCCACCCUGGAUGUUCUUUGACUCCCGUUUCUUAAAAGAGCAAAGGGUGGGAAUGCUUGGAAAUGAGGUUGCGGUUGUCAGGAUCUUUGGGGGCAGGGGUGAGUGCAGCGGGGUUAAUGAAGUCACAGGCUGAGACUUAACAGGUGUACUGGGGCCAGACAGACACUCCUUGAAUCCGCCCGCACAUGGGGCUGUCGUCCUGCGAAAGCGGGGAGCCCCUGGAGGUUCGGGAGCAGAGGAGAAUCGGUUUCCAGUCGUCUCCAAGUAACGCUGCUGGGGACUGGACUAUUUUCCAUUUCUCCCGCAAAAUUUCACAGCCUAGGCCAGGGAAGUGUUGGAGGCUCUCCCAAAUUAGAGGUGGAAUCUCCGGGGUCAGUCCGAGUCUUCAAGCGCCAGGGAAGGCGCGAGGGGCUCGCGCUCCCAGAGGGGCCAGGGGGCGACGCUGCGGGAGACCCGGGGGCGCUCCUGCGUCCGUAGCGCCGGGAGUGACCGCCAGGUGCCGCUGCGACCCCUGGGCUCGCCGACCUAUGCCCCGCCCUCCGAGGAGAAAGCGAAAGCCGCUAGCGCCGCGGCGUGGGACGAACCACUGAGAGCGUGGAGAGGGGCGCCGCGGCGAGAGGCGGUACUUCGGCCCGCGGCGACAGGCGCGUCGCCCCCUCAGCCGGCCUCGCGAGAUGGUUCGUUCCGCCCGAGCAAUUCAAGGGUUCCCAGGCGGGCCGGCAGAGCAGUGGAAUCAGGGCCGCCGGCUGCAACGCUGCGCGCGGAACCAGCACCCGCGCUGACUGCUCUCCCGCGCCCGGCGCCCGCUGCCACGAUGCUGGAGCUGCUCGUAGCGCUGCUGGCCCUGGCCCUCGCCUACUUCGCGUUGCUGGACGGCUGGUACCUCGUGCGCGUGCCGUGCGCCGUGCUGCGCGCGCGCCUCCUGCAGCCGCGCGUCCGCGACCUCCUGGCUGAGCAGAGCUAUGCGGGCCGCGUGCUGCCUUCGGACUUGGACCUGCUGCUGCACAUGAACAACGCGCGCUACCUGCGCGAGGCCGACGUGGCACGCAUUGCGCACCUGGCCCGCUGUGGUGUGCUCGAGGGGCUGCGCGCUCUCGGGGCGCGCGCCGUGCUGGCCGCUUCCUGCGCGCGCUACCGCCGCUCGCUGCGUCUGUUCGAGCCGUUCGAGGUGCGCACGCGCCUUCUGGGCUGGGACGACCGCGCCUUUUACAUGGAGGCUCGCUUCAUCAGCCUGCGCGACGGCUUCGUGUGCGCGCUCCUGCGCUCCCGCCAGCAUGUGCUGGGCACCUCGCCAGAGCGAGUCGUUCAGCACCUGUGCAAGCGCAGGGUGGAGCCCCCGGAGCUGCCAGCUGACCUGCAGCACUGGAUCGCCUACAAUGAGGCCAGCAGCCAGCUGAUUCGGGCCGAGAGUGGGCUCCACGACGUUCUCAAGGAGCAGUGACUGCCACGGCCUGCCUGCCCUGCCCACCAGCCUUAACCUGGAGGCAGCAUGGGCCGGCUGGACUGGGCCCUGUUUGAAGUGGAGUGGCCUUGCGACCCGCCCAGCCCCCUCACAUGCUCACGGCCCUCCCCCGUCCCCAUUAUUGGUGCCCCUCCGUACCCCAUCCCACGCCGAGCACGGGGUGGGGGUGACGCAGGCACCCAGCCAGCUCUGCCCUCGGGGUGAUAACAGUGGGCAAACUGGGGCCCAGGGCCCUUGGUAUGCAGGCAGCAGGGGGUCAGGUGGGUCGCCUUAUAGGUGAAGCCAGGCUUCCGUGCUCUGAGUGGGCAGGGUGCCUGAAGCAGGGAACGGGCUGGGGUUGCCCUGAGCGCCAGAGCUUGGAGUCUGAGGCUGGCCACUGGGUGUGAGGCCAGAGCAGUCCUGGGUGUAAGGCCGGGGGCAGGGCAGGGAGCUGGCCAAGGCCUGGGCCCUGAUGUGGGCCCCGAGGAGCUGGAAGGAUCAGAGCAGCAUUUCAAGGCAGAUCCCUCUGCUGCACGUGAGGGCAGGGCAGAGUGUGGCCGGCUAGGGGCCAGGCAGACCGGCCCAGGGUGCUCGGGAGAGAGGCCUGGUCACCGGGCGCUAGGGUGGUGGCAGGGCCUGCAGCAGGGGCUUCGGGCCUUGGAGACUAUGGUGGGCCCAGCGCAGGUCAGAUGUGCAGCGACUCCAGUGGAGGUGGUGAGCUGUCAUAGCUGGGGGUGGGGGUAGGGGUUCCUAGUCGGAACCUGCUGCUGAGGAGGGAUUGGGGAGAGGUGUGGGGUCCUGCCUGGGUGCCCUCACCCGUCUGCACCCCUUGGUGCCCAUAGGACCGUGCUUUGUGACCCUGGCUGGGGUCCUGCCCUCUCUGGGUCUAUAGUGCCUCUGCCCUCCCGCUGGGGCUGUCCUUGCCUGACUUGACGUCCUGCCCGGCUGUUGAUUUGUUUGUUUCUUCCUGCACUGAGAGCUGCUUCCCACAGUGGGCUGGAGCCGCACAGGGUUUUCCUGGCCUUGCUCGAGCAGCUCUGUCCUGGUGUCACCAGCCUGCUGAGGUGCCCGCUGGGGCCUGCCCGCUCUCCUGCCUAGCAGCUAGGACAAGGGCAGCCUGGGGAGAAGCAGGUACUGGCUCAGGGCCUCGGAGAGUGUGAAGGCAGUGCAGGUGGGCCUCGUCCCUGGCUGGGGACAGAGUCAGAGCUUUGGGGGUAGGUUCUGCCCUGGGCAGGGUGCCUGCUCACGUGUGCCCCUGCAGCGGCCCCCGGGGCAGCUCAGAGGGGCCCAGGACUGCUCCCUGGCCAACCCGUCCACCCCUCGCCAGUGGGGCCAGGAGCAUGGCCACAGCCCUCUUCCUCCCCUGCCCCCACAGCAUUGUCUGCCUCAGCCACUGGGAACACCACAGUUUCUGUUUUAUUUAAGGAAAGCCCAAGAGUAAAGGGCCUUCAAUGUGA